AUGGGUCCAGAAGCACGGGCCACCAGCGGUGAUGGACGACGCGUUGGCCGAGACUGCCUGCGGCAACGGCUGUGGCAGCUGUUCGCCUUCUGCUUGCGCCGCAUCGUGACAACCGACAUCUUCAUAUCCAUCAAGCAACUCAACACACAACCAGCGCAGCUCGAUCACUCAGCCUCUGAACCCCCCACAGACGAGCUAAACCCCUCGCCGACCGAGGACGACGACGAGUCUCCUCCAAGCUCCUCCCCCUCGACGUCAGCCCCAGCCAAAGCGCAAGCUCCCCGAGCAGCCUCCAUCACCAUGGCGCUCGACAACUACUACCACAACAAGAUCGAGGCGAUGAAGCUCGAGAUCCUCAAGGGUCAAGCUGUUCUGCGCCGCCUCGAGGCUCAGAGGAACGACUACAACUCCAGGGUGCGCCUUCUCCGGGAAGAGUUGGGCCUGCUGCAGCAACCGGGUUCCUACGUCGGAGAGGUCGUCAAGGUCAUGAGCACCAAGAAGGUGCUGGUUAAGGUCCACCCAGAGGGAAAAUACGUCGUCGAUGUAUCAGAUUCCGUUGAUAUCGCCAAGCUCACAGUCGGCAAGCGAGUCACCCUCCUGUCCGACUCAUACAAACUCGAGAAGAUCCUCCCCUCCUCCGUGGACCCCCUCGUCUCCCUCAUGAUGGUCGAAAAGGUGCCCGACUCGACCUACGACAUGAUAGGUGGCCUGGACCAACAAAUCAAAGAAAUCAAGGAGGUCAUCGAGCUCGGCCUCAAGCACCCCGAGCUGUUUGAGUCCCUCGGAAUCGCACAACCAAAGGGCGUCCUGCUCUACGGCCCGCCAGGAACAGGCAAGACCCUCCUGGCGAGAGCGGUAGCCCACCACACCGACUGCAAGUUCAUCCGCGUGUCCGGGUCGGAGCUGGUGCAAAAGUACAUCGGCGAGGGCUCGCGGAUGGUGCGCGAGCUGUUCGUCAUGGCGAGGGAGCACGCCCCGUCCAUCAUCUUCAUGGACGAGAUCGACAGCAUCGGCAGCUCGCGUGUCGAGGGCUCCAGCGGCGGCGACUCGGAGGUGCAGCGCACGAUGCUGGAGCUGCUCAACCAGCUCGACGGCUUCGAGCCCACCAAGAACAUCAAGGUCAUCAUGGCGACGAACCGGCUCGACAUCCUCGACCCUGCCUUGCUGCGGCCCGGGCGAAUCGACAGGAAGAUCGAGUUCCCCCCGCCAAGCGUCGAGGCCCGUGCCGACAUCCUGCGAAUCCACUCGCGCAAGAUGAACCUGACGCGCGGGCUUAACCUCACCAAGAUCGCGGAGAAGAUGAACGGCUGCUCCGGCGCCGAGCUCAAGGGCGUGUGCACCGAGGCGGGCAUGUACGCCCUGCGCGAGAGGAGGGUCCACGUCACGCAGGAGGACUUUGAGCUGGCCACGGCCAAGAUCCUGAACAAGCACGACGGCAGCAAGGAGGUCAGCUUGCAGCGCCUGUUCAAGUGA